AUGUUCGCCUCCCACGCGGACGGCCCGGGUUCGAUUCCCGGUCGAUGCAAUAAACAAAUUAAACUUUUUCAUUGCUUUCAAAAUAAUUGAGACUUUUUGGUGAAAUCCUUUAGUGUGGCGAACUCUUUUCCAGUUACUCAAAAGACACUUCUUUAUAAUGCAAUUGUUCAAGCGUUCGUGGGUAAACGUUUUUGUAAUGAAUAUACCUACUAUAGAUAAUGUGUAUGAGAUGGAUAAGAGAACCUUCUCUUUCGUAUGUCCAUCGCAUACACACAUGCAAGAAUAUGUUUUGAAAAGAUAAUCUUAAGUGCAUCACUCUGUUUGAGUGUAGAUAAAUCGCAUAAUAGUCGUGAGUGAUAUGAAGUGAUAAAUAAGAUGACAACAGUGAUAACUGAAAUUUACUCGUAUAACUAAAGACGAAAUCGUUAGAUGAACAAGUAGAGUUAGAUCUCCGACAGAACGAUGAGCCUAAACAACAAAGAACAUACUGUUUUGAUACCCACCGCGGAAUGGGCAGAAUUGCGCGAUGUAUACAGACAAGACUGGCCGAAAAAUGCAUUUAGCUUCAACGUCCUAGAAAACUUUAUUCAGUUAUCACGUAAAGACCCAGAACUAUGCAAACGAGAAGUACGCAUUUGGAGUAUUGAUAAUAACUGGCGAGAGCAUGGCAUUUACAUAUUGAACGAUCGGACGGCUUACGUGUAUAUUAUUCGAGUAGAUACUUACUCCAAUGAGCACAACGAACUUUUCCAAUCAGCCUUAAGUUAUCUGGACUUAGUAUCUUGUGAUGAGAUUGUUUUUCGCGAAAAAACUGCCAAAAUCAUCGAACAAUUUCUGCAAGAGCAAGGCUAUCCAUUGAAAAACCAUUGCUAUCCAGCACAGUUAUAUCAAUUGAGUAAAGAAAGCAGCCUCAAACUACAGAUAAGAGAACGCACGGACUUCAUCUUAAAGCCUUUAACACUGGCAGACGUCGAGGCAGUCGAAAGCGUUUGGCACUACAAAAGGAAGGGUUAUGGCUAUAUUAUUGGGCGUAACAUCAAAUACAACCUCUCCUUUGGCGCUUAUCAACGCGAUACUGGCGAGCUGUGCGCUUGGUUCUUGCAAAAUGAGUUGAGUGUUAUGGGCUUUUUGUAUGUGAAAGAUGAUUACCGGCGACAAGGUCUGGCUGAGUAUUUGGUGAUCCACAUGUGCCACGCAUUGGCCAAGCAAGGACGUGAUGCCACAGCUCAUAUAGUGGAUGAAAAUACGCCAUCGUUGAAACUGUUUAAGCGGCUGGGGUUUGAAGCUAUUGAGUGCGACUAUUGGUUUAUAAAGGCGGAUCUCUGAAGUGAAGUGUAACAGCACAAACAAGUAGCUGUAUGAAAUUGAGUAGAGAAAUUCAAAUAAAAUCAAUACAAAACAUUUCAGCUUA